GACCAAAAGAGAUUUAAAAAGUAAAAGUUUCUUUGUUGACGUUAAAAUGGAUUCAACGUCCGUAAAGUUGGUGCGCCUAAUAAGGAAGUAAUGGAGGAAAAGAUCGCAUAGAGUGGCUUAUCUUGCAAUUUCACACCCUCAGCUUAAGUAACAUCGCAUUUCAACUUUAUAAGCAAAUGAGCUCUAUUGAACAACUUACAGAGCCACUAAAAAAACUCACGGUGAAAGAGAAAAACAAUGAAACCUCAGAUAAUGAUAAACCCAAGUUCGAUAAGGCUGCUUUGAGAGAACGGUGGAAGCUGUUAGGAGCAGAUCCUGAACAAAAUAUACUAUCGAUGAUUCGUAAAGCAUGUAUGGAAACGUUCGCUAGAGAGGAUUUUUUCAGCAUUUUAUCCAGUAUUAAGCAGAGCUUUGUACAACGCGAUUAUGAAGGCAUAUUUACAGAUCCUAUCAACUUGGCAGUCUACACAGCAGCUUACAUUCCUGGGAGAGCUCUUUGCUAUUAUGAAAUUUUUACUAAAAGACCACAGCUGCUCAAAAUCCUAGCAAAGCGCAGUAAUUUAUAUUGUGUCGGUUCUGGAUCAGGAUCAGAAUUGACAGCUAUUGCCGCUGCUAUGACUCGACUACCAGCAGAACGUCAGAAAGUGAACCUAGUAAUGCAGGAUAUUGGUGAUUACCAGUCAGUUUUGGCUUCAAUAGAACAAACAAUUCGUGAAAAGUGGCUUUUAACACAAGAGCAGCUGCAAUGUAGUUACGAGCAAGGUGAUAUCCUUGACAGCAGCAAUGAGCUUAUUGACAAAAGGCUAGCAGAGUCGGAUCUGAUUACCUUCAUGUUUGUUAUGAACGAACUCUUUGUCAAAAAAGCAGCAGCAUUAGCAUUAAUACAGAGAAUUGUGAGAACAAUGAAAAGAGGAGCGCACUUGUUGGUAAGAAUAAAGGAUGGACCUUUUGCGACCAAAAGGGAAUAUUUACUAACAUACUCUGGGAUUUUUCCUGUCAGGUGGUAGAAUCUGCUGGUUCAUUUUCUCAUUUAAAGGUUGGAAACAAAACAUACAUGGUAUACACGUUAUUGGAUGCUAUUCAGGAUUUGGAAUUGGUAGUUGGGGAAGAUUCACGGUGGUAUAGGUAAGUUUGAAAGGUUAAAUAUAAGUGCCGUUUUUCCUCAUUUCUCACUAUAUCAAUGCCACAUUUUCCUAGACAUCCAGACAAUUUAAAAUAUCCCAUAGAUGUUCAAAAUAUGAGAUAUUUUAUUCGCCUGUACAAAAAGAAAUAAAAAAAAAUAAAAAAAGAGUAAAAAGGUGUAACCCAAACCAUUGCUGUGCCAAUUUCUCACA